AUGCAGUUCUUCUUACUUCUAAUCAGCUUACUCAUAUUCAUUGCUCUAUGUAGCGCAGAUCGACCGUCAGAGCCAGCUAUCAUUCACAUUUCUAAUAGUACUAAUAUCAAGUUCAAAGAUGAUUCUCAACUUACCAUUCUACACAACUAUGGAUCGCAUGUUUUGCUUGGCGGAAGAAAUGCUGUAUAUAACGUCUCUCUGCACCACAUGGCCAUAACGUAUUCCUAUGUAUGGCCAACAUCAAGAGAAUCAUAUGAAGAAUGCACUUUAAUAACUAAUGCAAAUUGUCAUAACUAUAUACGGUCGUAUUAUAUGAAAAGUCCUACGAGAAUCGUUUUUUGCGGAACUCAUGGCAGACAUCCAACCUGCAAGGAGUUUGAAGUUCUCUCUUCACGCUCUUUCAAUGAAUGGGAAGGUGUGGGGCUCAGUCCAUUUAUAGAAGAUGAAUCUAAUCCAUUCCUCAAUGCGCACGGACAAAUAUUUGCUGUUAAUGUUCCUGAGUAUUCUGGUACUGAUGCUAUUCUUCUACGUAUGAACACUUCAAAAUCUGAUAACAUGAUCAGAACGGCACGAAGAGAAUCUGUGUUCGACGAUGCAAAGGUUCUGGCAUUAGAACCGAACGGCAAUGAAUUAUUCACUUUCUUUGCCGAAACUCCAUCUGAAAGAGAGGAAUAUGGACAGAAACGUGUAGCCCGAGUUGCACGCGUCUGUAUGGAUGAUCCCGGAGCAGAAUAUCAUAAGGAUGAAUGGAGUUCAUUUGCUAAAGCUCGAAUCGAAUGUGGUAUCAAAGAGAUGGAUAUGAACACUCUGUAUUUUAAUUUGUUGGUAUCCGUUUCUCCCACAAGUGAUUACUUCAUUGGAGCUUUUCGAUCUCAAUUGGCUGCCCUUAACGGUUCUGCCAUAUGUCUUUUCCGAAGAAAAGAUCUUUCACACACAUUCCGAUCCGCCUUCACUUCAUCGCCGAAAAACUCCAAUAGAUGUCCACGAGCUGUUUCCAGAGAUGAACAAACUAAAAUGCGCGGAAAGCCUCUGAUAAACUCAAGUGUUUUCUCAACUCCUUCAUUCCACUAUUAUGGUAACGAUCUCUUCACUUCUAUCGCUGUCGAAGAAAACGUCGAAGACUUGAAUGGUGAGGUCUAUGAUAUUUGGUACAUUGGUACUAAUCUGGGACAUAUAAUGAAAGUUUGGUAUUCCGAUGGUAAAGCUCAUCAUUUUGCAACGUUCAAGUUCAUGGAGGAGAACUCACCCAUCAGAUCAAUUUUCAUCCACACAGAGCACUUACCUACAUCUUCAAAAGAUGUUAAUAAAGCCUCGUAUUUGAUUGUUCAAACAAAAAAUGAGUUAGUGCGACUGCCAACAUCAGCAUGUUCUAUGCAAACUACUUGUACAGCUUGUCUAUCCUUCCAUGAUCCUUCUUGUGCAUGGGUGUCAUUGGGAUCAGACUGCGUGAAUAUUCAUGAAAAUCAGCACCGACGUUCAUUACUAACCCAAGAUCACUGUGAAAAAUCUGAAAAGAAACGUAGGAUACCUCCAGCUACAACACAAGCUCCCAUGUGUGGAGCACGCAUAAUUGAAGAAACAGACCCGAGGAUCGUUGAAGCAACCAUUCUUAAAACACUAGCGGAAGCACCGUAUAUCCUUGUCUUUGUGUCUGGAUUGUUGUUCGGAGCACUGUUCAUUCAUCUUGUAUAUUCCUGGAAGUCUUAUAAACGCUGUCCUCUGCAAGAAAAGCCUGCAGUUAUCAGUGCAUACAAUGAGAUGAUGAGAAGUAGAACAAGCUCGCAUAUCAUGUCUUCAUCUCGGUCAACCUACUGUUAA